ACAGAAUAAAUAUACACAUAGUUCAUUGCCCUUGCAUGUUUGUGUCAUCAGUGAGAGAUAAAGCUCACGGUGGACCUUUGUGUCUCACACACAGCACAAGCUUGGACACUUUUGGAAUAGAGGAGACUCUCACUCGGGAAGCAUCAGACAAAGCUAUGGGACUUUGUGCCCAGACUGGAGAUCCGAGUCUCCUUGCUACAAUCCUAGUUCUUCUUCUAGCCUCCAUUCACGUGGGAGCCAACGUCCAGCCGCACCAAGGCCGGAAGAGGCACUACUACAUAGCUGCUGUGGACAUAGACUGGAACUACCAGGGCAAUGAGACAAACAGAUUUUUACCCACGUACAAGAAAGUGGUUUUCCGGGAAUACGAGAAAGACUUCACACGAGCAAAGAUUCAUCCACCCUGGUUAGGUCUACUUGGACCUACGCUGAGGGGCGAGGAGGGCGACACCAUUGUCGUCACUUUUAGAAACAUGGCGACACAACCAUGCAGCCUCCACCCACACGGCAUCGCUUACGGGAAACAAUCUGAGGGAGCGCACUACUUCGACAACACAUCCCAAAAAGAAAAGAAAGACGACAUGGUGAAACCCAACAGUGAGCAUGUGUACAACUGGGAGGUGACGCCAGAAGUCUCACCCAAACCACAUGAUCCCGCCUGCCUCACCUACUCAUACAUCUCCCAUCAAAACGUGGUUGAGGACUUAAACGCGGGACUUGUCGGCACUUUGCUGGUCUGCAAGCGCGGAAGUUUGGACGAGAAUGGGAAGCAGUCUGGUGUAAACCAGGAGUUGGUCUUCCUCUUUGGGGUCUUUGAUGAGAGAGAGAGCAUCUAUAAGCCGUCAUAUAUCUAUGAUGACAACACCUCAAACCGCCACGUCCACUACACCAUAAAUGGCUACACGAAGGGAGCGCUACCUGGUUUGAGCAUGUGUGCGUAUUCCACUGUAAGCCUUCACUUGCUGGGCAUGAGCUCCAAGCCUGAGCUGUUCUCGGUGCACAUGAAUGGGCAGGUGCUGCAGCAGAUGGGCCACAAAGUGUCGUCGCUGGGGCUCAUCAGUGGCUCCUCUGCCACCGUCAGCAUGGUACCUGUGCACACCGGGCGUUGGAUGCUGUCGUCACAUGUGCUCAAGCACAUAGAAAUGGGCAUGCACGCUUUUGUGGACGUGAAGAAGUGUGAUGCUUUCAAAGCACCCAAGCGUGUGCUAACCCGGCAGCAAAGGCUUGACAGCAGGGAGUGGACAUACUAUAUCGCAGCUGAGGAAGUUUUUUGGGACUAUGCGCCUGAAAUGCCAGACCACAUUGAUGAGAGCUACAAGUCUCAAUACCUGCAGCAGUCAGCAACACGUAUCGGUAGGAAGUACAAGAAGGCGAUGUACACGCUGUACAACAACGAGUCCUUCACAGAGCGAAUAGAGAACAAACAGAAGAAAAGUGAGCUGGGGAUCUUGGGUCCAGUGAUCAGAGCGCAAAUUCAAGAUGUCAUCAAGGUCGUGUUUAAGAACAUGGCCUCAAGGCCGUACAGCAUCUAUCCACAUGGGCUAACUAUCGAAAAGUCUGAGGAGGGGGUAAACUACCCGGAAGGAGGCAACCAUUCACAUGCCGUCCAGCCGGGUGAAACACACACAUACGUGUGGAAGGUAAUGGAAGAGGAUGAGCCUCUGAAGGGAGACCCUAGAUGUUUUACAAGGUUGUACCACAGUGCCGUGGACACGCCACGAGACAUCGCCUCAGGUCUGAUUGGACCACUUCUCAUCUGCAAGAGUCAGUCGCUCAAUGUCAGGAAUGUGCAGGUAAAAGCAGACAAAGAGCAGCAAGCCAUGUUCGCCGUGUUCGACGAAAAUAAGAGUUGGUACCUGGAUGACAACAUUCGGGGGUUUUGUAACCCAUCCCGAGUAAACAAGGCAGACCCCGGCUUUUACAAGUCCAAUGUCAUGCACACGAUAAAUGGCUAUGUGUACGAGAGCGGGCCACUCUUGGGCUUCUGCAAUGGCGAUGUCGCAAAGUGGCACAUCUCUAGCGUUGGAGCACAGGACUACAUUCAGACAGCGACAGCGUACGGGCACACGUUUGAACUGAACAAGCGCAAAGAAGACAUCCUUAGUCUCUUUCCCAUGACAGGAGAAACCAUUACGAUGAACAUGGAAAACAUCGGUGUCUGGCUUCUGGCGACGCUGAAUUCUCAUGAGACAACAAAAGGAAUGCGCAUAAAGUUCCAGGAUGUCGAGUGCUUCCGUGACCACUACUAUGAGUAUAACUACGAUGAGCCAGAAAAACAGUUUGAAUUGUUGAGGCCUCCAAGCUUGGAUGAAAUCAAGAAGAAGGAGGAGGAAAAGAAGAAGCAGAGGCUCAAAUCGUCAAACGCUGUCGAGACUGAUUUUGACACUGAGAUGUUUGCAAAUGAAUUAGGCCUGAGGUCACUGAAGAAACAAAACAAAGACUCAGUGGAGAGCAUGGAGAAGCUGGACUUGUCUUUCCUGGACUAUGAUGCCGUUGAUGUGUUGGACGGAAACGUCAGGCAAGAUACUUUGGUGACUAAAAGCACAAAAAGUACAAUCAAUUAUAGUCCUAGUCUUGAUAAUAAGACCGAGACCAAUGAAACCGCACUUUACAACACUACGGCAUUGUUAGAUUCCAGGGAAGUAAAAUCCAAUUUGCAAACUGGAAGACUGAAUGUAACCUUAACAGGUGAACAGAAGGGGGAGAGCGUGAUGCGAGGGGAUGUGUUUGCCUUCUCCGAGGUUCGAUCGCCUUUCAGCCCGGAUACACAGUCAAACCAUUCAUUGUUGAAUACAAUUUCUCAGGAUAUUAGGAGCCAGCUGCACAUCCAGAACAGGACCGUGUUUGGUUUGAAAGAUAGCGAAACCGUCAAUGGGGAUGGACCUCAGAUGGACUCAUAUAAAGUUCUGUUACCAGUAGAUUUCACCCCAGAAAAUGUCACGGUGAAUUCAACCCAAUCCAAUCCACCAGGGAACACUACCUUAAAGACCGGUACAUCUACCUCCUUCAACGAUACUCAGAUCUCAGGAAAUUUGUCACUUGCCGGUAGACUUCAGAGCAGCUCGGAGGCAUUACUUGGUUCAGAGAGCAGUGAAGAAGUAUUUAUAUACCUCAAACAAAACCACACAGAAGUGAUUAAAACCACUUCUGUGAAGACAAAGAGUGGCAACUGGACAUAUGACGGAACUCACCAAAACAUACCAACGGAAAUUCCAGACCAUAUGAUGAAGUAUGUACAGAAACAAACAACACCAGCACCCAAAAGGACACCAAAGAUGCGAAGAGUCACAUUCCGAAAGCAGCCACAGAAGGGCUUAGGCAUAAGGACAAAGAGGAAAAAGGAAUAUAAGCCUCUAGUGAUAAAUGGUUUACCACUUUCACCACGUGGAUUUAACCCUAUUAUGACCCCACGAGGGUCACGACCAGUUUCACCGCAACCUGUCCCACAAGAGGAGGAGCUCAUGAACAAACCUAUGGUCAUCGGUGUGCCGCGGCCUGAUUUCAGCGACUAUGAGCUUUAUGUUCCGGGAGAGGAACCUAAUCAUUUAGCAUUAGAAGAAUUGAAAUCAGAUGAAUAUGAUUACGUGAACUACAAAGACCCCUACAGUGGUCAUCUAGACAUCCAGAAUAUCGACGAUUUCAAGCAAUCAGGCCCGAAUGUCAAGAUGUACUUCAUCUCUGCAGAGGAGGUUGAGUGGGACUAUGGUGGCUCAGGACAAAACAGGAGGCAAGGAACAUCACAGCUAAACAAUCGGCACACAAAGUUCAAGAAGGUAGUAUUCCGGGGUUACAUGGAUGGGUUCUUCAGAAUACCAGAAAUUCGAGGUGAGAAGGAAGAGCAUCUUGGUAUCCUGGGGCCUGUCAUAAAGGCAGAGUACGGACAAAGCAUCAUGGUAGUGUUCAGAAACAAUGCCAACCGACCUUACUCCUUGCACCCAAAUGGGGUUUCCUACACCAAGUGGACAGAAGGUCUAUCCUAUGAGGAUGGCUCCACAGCUUCAUAUAAAGGUGACAAUGAGGUUCUCCCCAAUACCACCUUCACAUAUAUCUGGAAGGUCCCUCGAAAAGCUCACCAUACACUGGAUGAGCCUCGCUGUCGGACGUGGACGUACUAUUCCGGUGUUAAUCCUGAAAAGGAUAUCCACUCUGGCUUGAUUGGGCCUUUGCUAGUAUGUCCAAAUGGCACCUUAAACAACAUGACGGACAUGAGCGAGUUCACAUUGCUCUUCAUGACCUUUGACGAGUCACAGAGCUGGUACUACGAGACAAAUAACGAGAUCAUCCAGCGGAAAAGCCGAAGAAGAUUUCAGGACCCCAAUUUCAAGGAGGACCUGAAGUUUCCUUCUAUCAAUGGCAUCACACAUAAUCUCAAGGGCUUAAGGAUGUACACCAAACAGCUCGUGCGCUGGCACCUCAUCAACAUGGGCUCUCCCACUGACUACCAAAGCAUCCACUUCCAUGGACAGACGUUUCUCCACCAGCAGGCUACCAGCAACCGACAUGCCGUCUUUCCGCUACUUCCAGGAGGCUUUGCUACCCUGGAGAUGUAUCCAUCCAAGCCUGGCUUGUGGCAGCUAGAGACGGAAAUUGGCGUCAACCAGCAGAGGGGGAUGCAGACUCUCUUUUUAGUUCUCGAUAAUGACUGCUACCGCCCCCUGGGCCUGGAAUCAGGCAGUGUGAAAGAUGGACAGAUCACAGCCAACAUCACUCGAGGCUACUGGGAUCCACAUCUUGCCCGACUGAACAAUCAAGGCAAAUACAACGCAUGGAGCACAGACCAGAAUAACAGCUUUAUUCAGGUGGAUUUUCAGAGGCCGGUCGUGAUCAGUCAGGUGGCCACACAAGGAGCCAAGCAGCUUUUCCAAUCACAGUUUGUGACCAAUUACAGUAUCUCCUACAGUAACGACCACAGAAGAUGGAGCCUUUAUAAGGGCGACAGCAGAUACCCAAUGAAGGUGUUUGCUGGGAACCAGGAAGCCUAUGAGACAAAAACCAACACCUUUUUCCCGCCUGUGAUUGCACGGUUCAUUAGGCUCCACCCCCUGCAGUGGCACAACACAGCCACAAUCCGCAUGGAGUACUACGGCUGCGAGUUGGACGGCUGCUCUGUGCCUCUGGGGAUGGAGAACGGACUGAUUGAGGACCACCGCAUCACGGCCAGCUCCACAGCCUCUAACUGGUACCUGGGAUCCUGGGUGCCCUCGUAUGCGCGCCUAAACAAGCAGGGCACUGUGAAUGCAUGGCAAGCUAAGUACAAAGACAUGAAGCAGUGGCUUCAGGUAGAAUUACCAGAGGUCAAGAAGAUCACAGGCAUCAUCACGCAAGGAGCUAAGUCUUUGGGUAAGGAGAUGUUCGUCACCUUCUACUCGCUCCAGUAUAGUGACGACGGAAUCCACUGGAACGACUACAACGAAGACGAGGACCGACCACAGAAGAUUUUCCGCGGGAACGACGACAACAAUGAGCAUGUGAAGAAUUUUAUCUACCCGCCCAUUUUUUCCCGCUUUAUCCGAAUCAUCCCCAGAAACUGGAAGGGCUCCAUCACUAUGCGUGUGGAGCUGUUGGGAUGUGACUUUGAGUGACUCAAGUAUAUACUACACAUACAGGUUACUUCAUUGGGUACACCAACGCGAUCAAAUGCAGUUACAGUUGCAAUAACUCACACUGGCAGAAUAUUUACAGCUCCAGUUAGCAAAUACAACCACAAUAAUAAACACAUGUACUGUGUCAAAGUCAUUUGAGAUGGGACAAAAAUGGUCUUCAAAUUCAGCUUGCCCCACACUGUUGAGUUGAAAGCAAUGAUUGCCGUCCACCAAGUGUUAAGAUACAUCACAUUUGCCAAUGUCAUCAAAACUGUCAUUGUUAUGAUUGUAACGUUACCGUAUUGUCUCAUAGAUGAAUGCAGGAAUUACUGUUGAGGCCCUGUUGUGUACAUUUUUACAUUCAAAAGACAGUUAAAAAGUUUGAUUUGAUUGUUUAGUUGAACAUUUAUAGUACAUGUUAUACAUAAAAUUGGAGGAGGCCCAGUGGGACAUUUAUACAUUUGUGGAUGGCGUUCACGUGGGUGCCACAGGCGUGAAAAUCUCUGCAUGAAGCUUUGAGACUUUGAGCAUUAACCGAGACUCACUUAGACUGUUGAUGUCUGAUGAGGUGCAGCAGGUCAAAUAAUUAAUAAAGUAAAUAAUAAAGUAUA